GUUUUAUGAAUUUUUAUAUCACUGCAAAAAGAACAUAAUAUAUUUGAUUCGAUUCACUACAGAUUACAGCAUUCCGGUUUCCCGCUAGCGGUGAAGUGAAGAAGUUUACGUAAAAUACUACAAAUUUUAUUUAAUUAAUUCUGAUUUAAAAACUCAGCAAAAUGGGCCGCAAAUUCGUUGUUGGUGGUAACUGGAAGAUGAAUGGUGACAAGAAACAGGUCACAGAGAUUGUAGAGACACUAAAAAAGGGCCCAUUGGAUCCCAAUGUUGAGGUUGUCAUUGGUGUCCCGGCUAUCUACCUAGCAUAUGUCCAGUCUAUUGUCCCCGGAACAAUCAGUGUUGCCGCACAAAACUGCUGGAAAGUUGCAAAGGGUGCUUUCACUGGUGAAAUCUCCCCAGCUAUGAUUAAGGAUAUUGGAGCCAACUGGGUUAUCCUGGGUCACUCAGAAAGGAGAACAAUUUUCGGGGAGAAAGACGAACUUGUUGCAGAGAAAGUUGCCCAUGCACUUGAGAAUGGCCUGAAGGUCAUUGCUUGCAUCGGUGAGACCCUAGAAGAGAGGGAGGCAGGCAAAACUGAGGAAGUAGUCUUCAGGCAGACCAAGGCCCUUCUGCCAGCGAUCGGCAACAACUGGGCCAAUGUUGUACUUGCCUAUGAACCAGUUUGGGCUAUCGGUACUGGCAAGACUGCAUCUCCACAACAGGCUCAAGAUGUCCACGCCUCUCUGCGCAACUGGCUAUCAGCGAAUGCGUCGCCUGACGUAGCUGCGUCAGUUCGUAUCCAGUAUGGUGGAUCUGUGACUGGGGCCAACGCUAAGGAACUGGCGUCCUGCCCAGAUAUCGAUGGCUUCUUGGUUGGUGGAGCCAGUCUUAAACCAGAGUUUGUAGACAUUGUGAAUGCCACGCAGUAAACUAUCCUUAAUGCUCGCUUGCGUAUCCAUCAUCUUGCAAGCGUGCGUCUCAAACUAAUUGUAAUUUUUUUGUAAGCCUAUUUAUGAAUGUUAGAUGAAAUUAUGUUAAUCCUGAACUCGUAAAUAAGGUUAACUUUUGUUUGUUUGCUUUUGCGAAUGUUGUUGAGAUUUAUCAAAAACUUUUACUUUUAUUUCCAAUCAUGAAAUAUGUUUGAAAUUGAAAACAAUCGAAACUUAAAAAUCAAACACAAUUUAUUUUAAAUAUACUAUAUUAUUCA